CAUAUAACCAGGGCUGCCAGGGGCAGCGCCACACGGCCCAGCUCGGCACCAACACCAGCGCAUGACAGCUGAGAGGGUGCAAGAGCUGCACAGGGACCCUUCUGCCAUGUUGCAGUCACUUCUGCGCCCCCUCCUGCUGCUGCUGCUAUGCCACUGCCUCCAGGGCCACGUGCUGCCCAAGUCUGCCCCAGCACAGGGUACCGCUGAGCCCCGCGACCCAGCCAGCACCCCUGUGCCAGCUCCCUCCGACUCCCCCCAGGCCGCAGCCCGGUUGCUCCUCGCCUCCCUCUCGCAGCGGCUGCCCCCACAGAGGAGGCUUGCAGCCAUGGGAGUCUCCUGCAGCAACAUGCUGCCCCACACCCUGCGGGGCUCCACGGAGAUGCCCCCGCUGCCCCGGGCCCUGGCUAGCGCCGCCCUGGCUCUAGCCCUGCAUGGCGCCGGCUGUGCCCCUGAAGCUGAAGCCUUGGUGCUGGAGCUGUAUGCGAUGCUGGAGGUGCCCGAUGCUGAUGCCCUCCUCAUGAGCAUGGCCGAGCUGCCCCACGUGGGCUGGACCCCCCUGCUCUCCCUGCUGGGGCAGCUGUGGAGCGCGGCGCCUGCGCGCUGCUCCGGGCUAGUUCCUCUGGCUGGCGUCCAGCUCCAGGGCCCUGCUGGCCGUGUCCACCUCACCUUCCCAGGCGCCACUGCCGCCUGCAGCCGCCUGGGCCCCGCAUGUGCUGGCGUGGCCCCCUACGGCACCACCGCCUAUCGUGUUGUGGGGCCACAAGGUGCCUCUUUUGUGGCCACCCCUGGGGCCCGGGCCUGGCUGCAUCAGUGCCAGCGGGCAGGCAGGCACCGGGUGCGACGUGAGGCCUGUGAUGGGGAAACAGAGCCGCAGGUCCACGCCGUGGUGUCGUGGCUGCCCGUGGUCAGCACCUUCUACAACAUGGGCACGGGGUUGUACUACGCCUACAACAGCUGCAUGCUGCGAGCCGAGGAGCGCGCCGUGGACCUGGCCUGGGACCUGGGCUUCGACACCAUCGCACUGCUCACGGGCGGCACCAGCGGCUUUGUGGCCAACGUGGUGCUGGGCUCGGGGCUCAAGGCCGGGGUCCGCGCGCUGGUCAGCCACUUCACCCAGGACGUGGCACUGACCCCCAGCCCCAGCCUGAGCCCCGUGACCUUUUCCUACGAUAGCGCCUUCUACUCCAGGAAAUAAACGUGGCCUGGUCGGUACCUGGCGUGGGCUGUGUGUUCGGGUGGGGGGGGGCAUGGAGCUGUUGUUGCCCCCACUCCAGGCCUGCCAGGGUCACCACGACCUGGGUCACCCAGUGCUGGGAAGACAAGGGCACGAAGGGCAGCCGGACUCUGGCGUGGCACUUGGGGCAGCUGUCCUGUCCUCCCCACCAUGUGUCCCGCCACCCUGCC